CUAGAGAACAGAACCAUAUAAACUGCAUACGUGAACCGAUCAAUAAUUCACGAGAACAACAGUUACAAAACCACAUAAACUAGUCAAAGAAGAAUAUAGAGUUACAUUAACAAAAAAAAACAAAAAGUUAGAGAGUGAGAGAGAGAGAGAGGUGCAAUGGCAGAUAUUGGAGAUGUGAAGCUUCUAGGUUUUUGGGCAAGUCCUUUUAGUCGUAGAGUCGAGAUGGCUCUCAAACUCAAAGGCAUGCCAUAUGAGUACUUGGAGCAAGAUAUAGUGAACAAGAGCCCUUUGCUUCUCCAGCUAAAUCCGGUUUACAAGAAGGUUCCGGUUUUUAUCCACAACGGUAAACACAUACCCGAGUCACAUCUGAUCCUCGAAUAUAUCGACAAAACAUGGAAGCAAAAUCCAAUUCUUCCUCAGGAUCCUUACGAGAAAGCCAUGGCUUUAUUUUGGGCCAAGUUCGUUGAUGAACAGGUCGGACCAGGAGCGUUCAAGGAUGUGAUAAAAGCAGAGAAGGGAAUAGAGGUUGCAAUCGAGGAGGCUCGAGAACUCUUUACUUUUCUUGAGAAGGAAGUCACCGGAAAAGAUUUCUUCGGCGGCAAGACGAUCGGAUUCUUGGACUUGGUCGCAGGAAGUAUGAUUCCGUUUUGUAUAGCUCGAAGUUGGGAAGGUAUGGGAAUUGAUAUGAUUCCGGAAGAAAAGUUUCCAGAACUGAACAGAUGGAUCAAGAAUAUGAAAGAAAAUGAGAUCGUGAGGGAAUGUAUUCCUCCUAGAGAGAAACAGAUUGAGCAUAUGAAGAAAGUUGCAGAACGAAUAAAAUCAGCCUAAUUAAUAGAAAACAACUAUACUCUUCGAUCGAUCGAUAGAUGUUAACUAUAUGUUUCAUGUUUGUAUAAUCUCGUUAAAUAAAAGUUGUAUGAACAACGUAACUAUUUAUUUUACUAAAUUCUAAUAUCAUAAUAAUUACUAUA